UCUACUUUAUGUUCAAUCUAUUCCUAUUCCUGCCCUAUUCCUAUUGUCUAUGCUAUGGCAAAGUGGGAUGGUGAAAAGAAAACUAAAAGCGAAUGGUGAUAGAGAUCCGAUAAGCGGUUCAACUGUGAAUGGAAAUGGUUAUUUGGUUGGAGUAGUGAGGCGGUUAUUUAUUCUGUGACAAGUAUUACUUUGUUGAGAUUGUAUGUUAACACAAAUUAACCUUCCAUACAUUUGUUACACCUAAUAGUGGUUAUAACAUCAUGUCAGUGCUUAUUGCUUUAGUUGAUGGAAGUCUUCAAAUAUUAUGCAUGUUCUAAAUUUAAAAAUGAAUCAUUUGGAAUUAUGAGCAAUUUACAAUAAGGCAAAUACUUUAGUGGCCUAAUACUUUAUUUCUCAAUAUUUUGUGAUAAAAAUGGCUGGUAUGAGUAGUAUUGACCCAACAGAAAACUUGCAGAAACGACCAUCCAAAGGAAUUCUUAAAACCUCUUCAAGUUUUGAAGCUCCAGAUGCACCUCAAAAGAAAGGUAAAAUAUGUAAAAGCAAAGCAACAAAAUGGGAUGAAAUGAACAUUAUUGCCACUCUACAUCCUGCAGAUAAGGAUUAUGGCCAUAUGAAGGUUGAUGAGCCUAAGACACCAUUUGAGAAGUCUGUCCCAGAAGACGAUGAUACAGAUGGCAUCGAUGCACAGCAGCUAGCUGAUAAGAUCCGAUUGAGUUGUGCUCAGCCAAGGAAAUGUUCCAUCCCAGUUGAGUCAGAGAGUGAUGGUGAAGAGGACGAAACACCAGAACAAAGAGCUCAGAGAAAAGCGUUUGAAACAAAACGAAAAGCACACUACAACGAAUUUCUGGCAGCUAAAAUGGCAAGAAAGUACAUCCAAGAUGAAGAUGAAGAUGAAAAUGAGGAAGAGGAUAAUGGGAAUGACAGUGGCAACAUUGAUUCAAGAACACCCAAGUAGGGGCGGAUGGCAGGCAGGGUCCUAGUCUUUUAAAUCUUUUUCUUUUGCUUUUUUUUCAUAUCUUGAUGUAUGAACUCUAUUGAACCAGAUCACCUUUAAAGAUAAUGCUUGAGUGUUUGGCCAUCACGUCACCCAUUAAAGCUAAUUGAUAGGUGUAUAAUAAUGCAUUAGGGAUUUGUUCAUACAUUUUAAAAUACAAAAACUAAAGGAAUUAAAUUACAAGAGAUAACAAAUUUAUUUUUUUAUCCUUAAUAACAUUAAUAAAACCAAAUUAACUAGCUGAUGGAACUUUAAUUCGGAUUAGAGUAUUUUGUAGAGCUGAAAUUAGUUUGGAUUUUAAAUAAACUUACCAAAUUUUAUUGGUAUCAAAUAUAUUUCCUCAGGGUCUAUUUUCCUUAAUGAUACUUUGAAAUCACUCUAUAAAAUUCAAAUAAAAUCAUUGCUUAUUCUUUAAUGUUUAGUUAGAAAUACAUAAAUUAAAACUAGUUAAUUAGAUUUGAGCCGAAAUUAGAAUAUUCUAGAGAUUUUGCUUUUCUCUCCUGGUUUUUGCGCGUAUCAGUGUUAAAUUAAAUACACAUCUACACUUAUAAGUAUAAGUUUUAUAAUUCUUUUGAAUGGACAGGAUUUGAUAGGAAAUUUUCUACAAGGGCUAUUUUUUACCUCUGGCAGUACAGUAAAUCAAGAUAUGAGUAAUAUUAACAAAGAUAUAUUUGCAACACAAUGCACCAGUUUAUCCAUUAUUCACACACCUUUCACCACUAUGGUAUAGCUUUUCACACUGACCACAUGAAUAUCUUGAGGAAGACAUCUGAAGACAGCAUGCCUAUUUGUUUGUUUUGUAUAACUCAUCGUAGGCUUUGUAUUGUUUCACCAUUUUCUUCCGUGUUCAGGGGCCAUACAUUACUAAGUGAAAGUUUGUAGGCCGACCAGCUGUAUUGUAUCUAUCUUGUACACCAUCACACUCUCUAAACUCUCUUACAGUUAUCUGGAGGCUCUCUUCAAUUAUAGUGUCUCUUUAAACGAACCAAAUCUAGUUAAUAAAUCUAAAUAUGGCAAGAAACUAAUACUACUUAUAUUGGACCAAGAGGUUAUUGGAAAUUACAUCUAGCAGAUCUCCUUAUCCAUAUUUAAAACAUCACGUAGUUUAUGUAUGACCCCUCAUUGUUUUGUCUGACUGCAAGUUUAACCUACAAAACAUUUUUUUUUAUUUCAGAAUGUUGUAGCUGAGCAUGCUAAAAGUUUUAACAUUUUUGGCUUGUUUGGGGAAUGAGAGUGCAUGGGACAUUGAGGUGGGUAUGUAUCUGGAAUAUUUAACACCACAAUUCUUGUUUUACAAUUUCUGUUUGAAAAUUCUAUAAGUGCACUUAAUGGGAGAAUUUAUUGUCUUAGUGAUGUCUCUGUUUAAUUUUCUGUUUUCAUUGCUGUAAAUGAAGGAAUUUUUAUUGAUAACAAUCAUUGUGUGAACAAUACAAACUGAAGCCUUUCAAUAAUUGCUAUGUACUCUAUUUAAGUUUGAAAAUCUGAAACGUCGAAGAACAAAGAUUAAAAUAAAAUAACUUUUGGGGAAUAAAGAAUAAACAAAGUACAGUUGUAUGAAGAAAAAUUAAAACGUUGUACAGCAUACUACUUUUUUCAAGUGGAGAUUUUAGGUGUAAGGUUAAUUAAUAAAGACAGUUACAUUACUAGAAAGCAAUCAGAACAGAACAUUAGGCUAGUGAAAGUCAACCCGGCUUGAGUGUCACAAGGUUGAUGGGUGAGAAUUGAACAGUGAUGUAGCGUACAAUGUGAAAAAGGAUUGCAAUAGAAUAGGUUAUCAGGUUGUGUGUCCUCUGAAACCAGCAAUUUAAUUUAUUAGUUAGUUAAGUGUCCAGAGUCAAUAGCUUGUGGUGUUAUCAACCUAUUAGGUUUACCAAUUAAUUCCUUCACAGUUACUUAAUUACAUAAAAAGAAUGUUGACCAAGAGUGAUUAGGAUUAGUUCACUUUUGAAUCACCUUCACAUGUGUUAUAUUCGCUUUAUCCCGUUUCGUGUUGCAGUUUACUAUCACAGUUGGGUUGUGCAACUCAGUCCAUUUCUAAUAAUCUUUCCAUUCUUUUGUUAUUUGUUUUUUAGACUCAAUAUCAUAUGGUCUUCUUUCAUGUAUGGAUUCUUUGUCAUUUCUUUAUUUUAUAUAUGCAGUUUUUAAUAUCUGCAUGCCAUUUGUGGCACAUUAUUUUAUUAUAUUGCUUAUGAUUAGUGUGUUUUAAAUGUGGAGUGGAUCAAAAAUUGUACUUAUGUCCUACUCAUUUUCUGUAUUCUUAACAGAUGAGGGCAAUUAACAUUAACAGAAAUUCUUCAUUACAUUUCCAGACUCAAAUUAUAUUACUUUUUGUGGUAUUUUAUGGCAAUUAAAAUAUUGAUUUAAUCCUGUAAUACAGUUUUCUUUAAUUAAUUAAUCAUUUAUUACAUUUUUCUCAGAACAAAAUCUUUUUGACAUGUCAAAUAAAUAAUAUCCUAUGCAUUUUGCCACUUAAUCAAUGUUUGAUAACUUAUCUGAAAAUGUAGAAGAUUUUAUCCUUAAAAUGAUUUCUUCUUUUCACAAAACAUGUAUAAAGAUAACUAGUGUGACCUACAUCCUCAGUGUUCAAUGUUUUUGUUUUUGUUUCCUUACCUACCUUAACUUUAACUGAAUGUUUUGUAUUUUGUAGGUAUUCUACCUGAAAUACAGAGCAAAUACCAGUUCUCAGUUAUAUUUUUGUUAGUAGUACUUUUAACAAAUAAUAUUGGAAAAUAUCCACCACAAAUUCUUGGCCUAUGUUAACAAGGUUAUUGGUAGAAUGACUAUUGAUUAUACCUAUUAAAAUGUCUUCAACAGAGAUUAUGAUAGUGGUAUCAUUGUGUCAGUUUUUACUUCUACAGUAUACACUGCUAUAAGGUGCUGUCCAAGGUUUACAAAAAUAGCUCUUGUAAUAUUAACAAAUUAAAUAUAAUUUUGGAACAGUCAAUGUAAAAAUUGAAAGCCGAUUGUAAAGUUUGAGUAUUAUUAAAAAAGUCCAUGUGCAAACAAAUAAUCUACCAAAAAUAAAAUUUUAAUAAACAAAUUAUUAAUUGUUUAUUAUUUUAAUUGAGGUUUUGUAAAAAUUUGUUUAACAAUAAUUACUUAAAUUUUAUGCAUACAUUUUUAUUACAGUUAAAUUAAGAAGAUUUAAAUCACUAGUAUUUCUAAAGUUGGUCACAAUAGUUUAUUAUGUUCAUUUAAAUCAAAAUUAUUGUUUCAACACAAAUUGAUCCUCAGAUAAAAUUGGAGUAAAUUUUUAAAUAUGCAUACAUAUAUGUUCCAAGAAGUACCGAUUUUGCUCAUUUUGUUUGUAAUAAAUAACAUUAUAUUCUUCGCUAAGUUUAAUAAAAUUUGCUUUAAUAAAAAGAUAAAUGCUUAUGGAGACAUAACAUAAGCUACAAUCUGCUCAAUAGCAUAUUAAAAGAAAAUCUAUGAAACACAUGUUUCAGUCAAAGAAAUAACAAUUCAGUAAAAUACUUUUUGCAUGACCAAAUCAUUGCAAAAUAAAAUGAUUUCCCAAUAGGCAAAUUUAUAUAAUUUCCCAACUUUUACUUGUGUUUCACACUGCCUGACAAUAUCAUACACAUUUAGACACAAUGCUAUUGCACUCUUAGCUAACAUAACAGCCAAUAAACACAUGAAUAAAUAGGUUGACAUUACAAUAGUAAAAUAAACUACAUUCAGGUACUUUUUUUAACAAUCUGUGAUCAGUCUUGACUGAAUAUUGGCCUCUUAAUUUACCAACAAUUGCCUAACAUGCUGACCUCAGCAAUUUCUUAAAGGUGGAGGAUGAAACCUUACUUUACCAUUUUGUUGUAAUAUCUAUUUAUUUAUGUUGUAUAUAGCUGUACUAUAGAUUGUAAACCAUAGAUAUUAUUUUAAUGCACUAGUUAUUAAGAGCACAGAAUUUAUUUUGAAAUUUAAGGAUCUAUUGUCUCUCUAUAAUUUAUCUUUGAAUAUUUUUGUGAUCUACUUUAAUAUCUGUAAAAUUACAUACUAUAAAAGCCAUUAAAAUAUUUUGUAACUAAUUUAUUUGAACGUUGUAAAUAUUAAUAAAUAAAAGAUCAAAUCUUGUGUACUUUCA